AGAGAAACAAAGUAAAAGUAAAAGAAUUUUUUUUUGCAGUGUGGCCACUCUAUUCUUGUGAUGCGAAUUGGAUAAAUGCAAGAAUAAAAAUAAAAUUAAAAACGCGGGAACUGUUUGGAAAAGAAUGUAAUGCUUUGGCAUUGUUUUACUGUUGUUGGGAAGUGUUUGACGCUAUAAGGGGUCAAAUAUAUUUGUGUCUGUUUAUAACUAAAAAUAAUUUUAUGAAACUGCUUGUUAAUAUGGAUAAUUGCGAGGAUAUGGCCGUGGACUGUUCUCCAACCAAACAUGAAAGCGCUGGCGCUUCAAAAGUUAACUUAUCAGCAGCUUCAUCUGAAGUUUCAUUGGAUUUAAAAACAAGUUGGGUGGAAAAUGUUUGUGAAUCUGAACGUACCCUCCAUUCUUGUUCGCGUUCCUCGAAUGAAGAGCAAGAAACUGGUUGCAAUAACUCUGGAAAUAAGUUCGAGAACUCAAAAAGUGCACGUGAAAUAUCUCUAGAGUUUAUCGAUGGUAUGAACGAAAAGAAAUUUGAUCGCUUAGUUAAACAAGAUAAAUUGAAAACGCCUUUUAAACGUCGUUAUUCAAAUGCAACAAGCACUGAUAGUCGCUCAGAUAGUCCAAACAGUACAACCAGCGGUGAAGUUGCAACUCUUCGAAAUAGUUUUAAUAGUCGUAAAGUGGAAAAGCGAGUGCGUCAUAAUAGCAUCAAUUCUUCAUCUUCAUCAGCAUCCACAGAGGUUGAUCCGGCCAUUAUAUCACGUCGUCAGAAGCAAAUCGAUUAUGGUAAAAACACUAUUGCAUAUGAGCGCUAUUUGGAACUUAUACCAAGAUCCCAACGUACCCGUGACCAUCCACGUACUCCUAACAAAUAUGGAAAAUAUAGUCGCAGAGCUUUCGAUGGAUUAGUAAAAAUAUGGAGAAAACAGCUUCAUUCUUAUGAUCCGCCGAUUAAUGAUGCCGUCGAUAAAGAAGACAAAUCGUCGAGCGACGACUCAGAUUCCGAAUAAAUUAUUGUGCAGUUGUAGGUAAACGGAUAUUAUAUAUGUAAAGUUGUUACGUUAGAAGUGUAAUGCAAAUUUAUUCAUAAAUUAAAGAAAUUUAUAUAUAGUUACUUUUUAAAUUCCUGUGUAGUAAAAGUUACUCAUUAUUUAUAUAUAAAAUAAGUUACCUAGCUUAUUGAAGAGAUAUACUUUAAGAAAUAAAGCAAUAUCUAAUUUUAGUCCUCUUUA